AGUAGCUUCCCCAACACUGCAAGAUCCCCAUGUUCCGAUGUAGGCAACAUCGACUUUGGGAAAAACUGUGGGUGUUGACUUGAAUCGUUCCAUAUGGAUACUGGCAAAUAGCCCUCAGAACGGAGUUGGGUCGUAAGUCUGCUUCAAAUCGGUGUAGGCUAUCUGACUGACAAUUGUGAAGUUGUAUCCAGAUACAUUUUCGUUCUGCGUUGGGGCUCGGUGGAUUUUUAAAUGUAUUUGGUUUGGACUGAUGUUUUCUCUCACCCGUUAUGGUUGGUAAUGACAGUGAUUUUGGGACUUGUCUUGCGAUCACAGCGGAGAGGGUCGUGGGAUCCGCGCGCCUGUCCAGUGCAACUGAAGGGCAAGACAGCCAUAGUUACUGGAGCUAACACAGGGAUAGGGAAGUUCAUUGCCCUUGACUUUGCCCGGCGCGGGGCUCGUGUUAUCAUGGCGUGCCGGAGCAAGGCUCGCGGUAGCGUCGCCCUGCAGGAGAUCCGUAAGCGGAGUGGGAACGCCGAUGUGCACCUGCGUCUGGUGGACACCUCGUCCCUGGCGUCGGUGAGGGCGUUCGCAGAGGGCGUCCUGCGAGAGGAGAAGGAGCUCCACAUCCUGGUCAACAACGCUGGGGCUUCAGGCUUGCCUAGAGAUAUCACCUCAGAUGGGCUAGAGGUGUCCUUUGCUACCAACCAUGUGGGUCCUUUCCUCCUCACCAACCUGCUUCUGGACCUGUUGAAGCAAUCAGCACCGGCACGCAUCGUCAACGUGUCAUCUGUGAACCAUUGGAGGGGCAAGGUCGACUUCUCGCACUUCAAGGGCAAGAACCUGGGCUACACUAUGGACAGUGUGUACAACCACACCAAGCUGCACAACGUCAUCUGCACUAACGAGCUGGCGCGAAGGCUACAAGGAACAGGGGUGACAGCUAACUCCCUCCACCCCGGGUUGGUGAUGACAGAAGUGAUGAGACACUAUAACUUCAUGGUUCGGUUCCUCUUCAACAUUAUCGGAAUCUUCUUCUUCAAGUCUUCUGAGGAAGGGGCAGUGAGUACCAUCUACUGUGCGGUUGCCAUGGAGACGGAGGGAAUAACAGGGAAGUACUUUGACAGCGACUGUUCCCUGGUUCUUCCUGCCCCCCUGGCCCGAGAUCCUGCCCUCGCAGUAAAGGACUUUGAGUUCUGCGAGAGAUUGACAUCCAAGCUCUGAGAGAGCGAGAGUUUAUCUUGAAGUGUUUUAUUCAAUAGCAGACAAGUAAAAUAAUGUAAGCUUUUGUAAUCUGUGAACUCAUGAAGGAUGCAUAUCAUAUGUUCUAUUAAUAACGUUGUUUAUUUGUGUGUGUUGAGUGUUGUAGUAGAGUCACCUAACGCCUCAGACACACCAAUAAUGGUUGCCGGCCGAGAGUACUUAUCUCGCGAAAAUGUUGGCAGUCAGACGUCCACCAGCAGGUGGUCCCUAAAACACAGCGUGUGGAACCAACGGCAGAUCAACAUUUGGUGCGAUGUGUGUGGUCCUUAAGAUUUGAGUCGACCUAAAGCCUCCAUGCAGGAAUACAAAUCCUCGUCCCAAAAAUCUGAAGUCAAGAAGACAUAUAAAGUGAUGCUUUAAGCUGUAGGUCAUGUGAUCCAUUUCAGCUUACUGUAUUUUCCUUCACUGUGAGUAGGGACCUGUGUUUUUGUUAAUCAUGUCACAUGACCUGGAAUUUUUUACUUUUAUUUUAAGCCUUUUCCAGAAAUGAAAAGUAGACCAAAAAUGAAAGCAAUUGUCUGAGGGUUUUCAAAUCAAAUCAAAUCAAUUGUUAUUUGCCACAUGCGCCGAAUACAACAGGUGUAGACAUUACAGUGAA